AUGGAAGACAUCAAUCUUGAUUCAAUUAUAGUCCCUCAUCCUUCAGAUAGAGUUUUUAAAGAUGAUUGUAUGUUUUCAUUUGAUACAGCCUUUGAUUCACCAGGAUUAGACAUCUGUAUGACAUGCCAUCAAGCAUUUUCAAGAGGUGAACACAAUUAUACCAGCAUGCAUGGGGAAUUCUAUGAUCACCGGGUAUUUCUUAACUACAAAAAGAUCAAAAAAGUUCAAAAGGGAGAGCAGCAGCCGCAUAAGAUCAUGAAAUUAGAAAUAAAGGAAAAGGCUGAAGAUGAAUUAUUUGAUACCAAAUGUGCAAUUUAUUUGCAAAACACAGAUACGACUAUUGAAUAUCCAAAUAGUCAACUGCCAGUGAAAGUUUCACAAGCUGCAGAUGCCUUGAUUCAUUUUACGUCUUCAGAGAAGAAGGAGGAAAUUAAAGCAUGGGAACAGGAAAUCAAGCCAUGUAGGCAUUCUAUUUCAAUUAAUCAAUCAACAAUACCGAAUUUGCAAUUGAAGAAAUGUAAUGAUUGUGAACUAAAGGAAAACUUAUGGAUAUGUUUACAUUGUGGUAACUUGGGAUGUGGUAGAGCACAAUUUGGAGGAGUUUCAGGACAUUCACAUGCUAUGAAACAUCAAAAAUCACACCCCGAUCAUUGUGUUGCCGUUAAAUUGGGAUCUCUGUCCACAGAUAUUGCAGACUGCUAUUGCUAUGAGUGUGAUGAUGAAGUUAAAGUUCCAAACCUAGCUGUAUUAUUAAAAACAUAUGGAAUUGAUAUCACCAACUUUGUUAGAACAGAGAAAUCAUUAACCGAACUACAAAUAGAACAAAAUGUCCAAUGGGAUUUCAAGAUUUCAGGAGAUGCAAAUGGUGAGAUAAAGCCCGUCUUCGGUGAAGGACUUACUGGAUUUAAAAAUUUGGGUAAUUCGUGCUAUAUGGCAUCAUGCUUACAAGUGUUAUUCAGUCUGGGGUCAUUUCGGGAGGCAUUCUUCAAUCCUGACGGGAUGCCACUUGAUAAAAUACUAGGUAAUUUAAAACCAUAUGAGGAUUUGGAGACGCAGCUUUUCAAAGUUGGUGAUGGUCUGCACAGCGGAAGAUAUUCCGUGCCAGACGAGAGUACUACGGAGGUAGUUAAAUAUCAACGCGGGAUUAAACCUUCUGGAUUUAAGUCGCUUAUAGGCCAAGGACAUCCAGAAUUCAGCACGAUGUUGCAACAGGAUGCCUUUGAGUUUUGGACGUACCUAAUAGACAAGAUUGAGAAGGAGAGAUUGACUGGUCAAAUUGACGAAUCUCCUACCAAUUCCUUGAAAUUGGUGUUAGAGGAUAAAAUAAAAUGUACCAAUUGUAAAGGUGUUAGGAUUAAAAAAGAAGUAACAGAUAAUAUAAGUAUUCCGAUUUCAAUCAAGCAAUUGAAAGCAAAGAAAGAUGGUGAGAAGGUAUACCAGCCAACUACAAUUACCAAUAGCAUAUCUUUUUGGAAUUCUCCUGAACUGUUUGAGUAUGAAUGUCCAAUGUGUAAAUGCAAACAACCCGCUACAAAGAAAACAUCUUUUAAGACAACUCCCAGAUAUCUUGUGCUGAAUCCGCAGCGUAUUGUUCUCGAGAAUUGGACUCCUUCUAAAGUUAGUGUCCCUUUGACUCUUGAGGAAAAAAUUUGUCUUGAACCGUUCAAAUCAGAAGGUUUACUUGCCGAUGAAAUUGAAUUGCCGGAAGAAGAUUCCGCACAAGAGUUUAAAUUUGAUGAGGAUGCGAUGUCAAAAUUGCUCGAGGUGGGCUUCACCGAGAAUCGUGCUAAACAUGCGCUAUAUGCUACGGGUAACAAUGAUGCAGAGGCUGCAAUGAAUUGGCUAUUCUCACAUAUGGAAGAUAGUGACAUCGACAAGCCAUUCACUCUUCAAUGUGACAAUCUAAGCUCGAAAGGACCGUUAGAAAAUGUGGAUAAGGAAAAAUUAGCUAAUCUCACAGUAAUGGGAUUCGAUGAAAAAUUAAGUGUUAAAGCGCUGGUUUUGAACGAUGGCAAUAUGGAAGCAGCUGUAGAAUGGUUAUUUACUCAUCCAGAAGAUGAUGGGGUAUUGCCAGAGCUGGAAGUUAAAGUAGACAUCAGUAAAAAAUUAGAGGCAGAGAAAGGAAGUUAUGAUUAUGAAAUAGUUGGGGUUAUAUGCCAUAAGGGAAGUUCUGUACAUUCAGGGCACUAUGUUGCAUUUAUAAAGAAAAUGAUUGAUGGUGCUUCCCAUUGGGUUUUAUUUAACGACGAAAAAGUUGUUCUUGCAAGCAGUGAAAAUUUAAAAGAGUUAGAAACAUGUGGUUAUGUUUACGUGUAUCAACGAAUUGAUGUUUAA